GGAAGUCCGCGUCUGUUUACUUAGUAACGGGGGUCCUCGCUCAGAGCAGCAUGGCGAACGAGGAGAAGGAAAACAUUGUUCGCAGUAAACGAGUGUUUAUCAACCAGAUCGACACCUACACCUCUAAGCAUAUUGGAAAGUAUCUUUCCAACUGUGCUGUCGGAGCGUCCUUGGAGGAAAUCGAGGGAGAGGAGGAGGAGGAGGAGGAAGAAAAAGCAGCUCAGGAUGAGCUGCCCAAACCUAAAGAGGGAACUUUUCAGAUUGUUGGAACCGUCUCUAAACCAGAAGAGAAAAAAAUAGGUUUUGCACAAGAAGAAUAUUCAAUUUCAACUCGAGAAGAGCUGCUGGACCGUCUCAUGGAAUGUGAUGUUGUAAUUUACAACAUCAGUGAAAAUGCUGACCAGGUGGAUGAAGCAUCCUGGGCAAUUUCAGCUCUGCAUUCAGAACUGGAUAAUUUCAGCAGCCCAAAGAUGUUCAUCUUAAUAUCUACUGUGAUGACAUGGGCACUUAGCAAACCUGUUGAUCCUGAUGAUCCAGAAAUCCCCUUUACUGAGGAUGACUACAGAAGGAGGAGACCUCAUCCCAAUUUUAAAGAUCACAUCAGUACUGAGAAGUUGGUCAUUAAACUGGGCAAAACAAAAAAGUCCAGGUUGUCUACCUAUGUUGUUGCUUCUGGCCUUCGGUAUGGAAUGGGGGAGCAGAUCUUUCACUUCUUUUUCAAGGCCUCAUGGCUGGGAGAGCUUCCGUCGAUUCCAGUCUUUGGACAGGGCACCAACAUCAUCCCCACCAUUCAUAUCAAUGACCUAGCAGGAGUGAUCCAGAAUGUUAUAGAUCACAAGCCAAAGACUCACUACUUAUUAGCUGUGGAUGAUUCUAAAAAUUCGUUAGAAGACAUUGUGAAGACUGUAAGCUCUGUGCUUGGACCUGGUAAAACACAGCGGGUGCCUAAAGAAGACGCUUUCCUCAACAGGGAGUUAAUGCAAGCAGACAUUGACUCCCUUGCAGUGAGCCUACGUAUGGAGACUGUCUUCCUGAAAGAAAAUUUUAAUAUCCGCUGGGUGACAGAGACUGGGCUGAUUGAAAACAUAGAACACAUAGUUAAGGAAUAUAAACAAACAAGAGGGCUUUUGCCAAUAAAAAUCUGUAUCCUUGGCCCUCCUGCUGUUGGUAAAAGCACAGUGGCAGAAAAGAUCUGUGAAUGUUACAAGCUGCAUCACGUUAAAAUUAAAGGCGUUAUCACGGAAGCAAUUGCAAAGCUUGAGGUGCAGUCCCGAAUGGAGGAGGGAGAGAAUGAGGGUGAAGAAUCUGGGGGAGGAGCACAGGAGCUCCUGGAGGCUCUGAAGGAAAACAUGGAGCAGAACUCAGGUCGAUUAGAUGAUCAGUAUGUCAUCCGGCUGAUGAAAGACAAGCUGAAGUCAAAACCAUGUCAGAACCAGGGAUUUGUUUUAGAUGGUUUCCCAAAGACGUAUGAGCAAGCUAAAGAGCUAUUCUAUGGAGAUGAAGAUGAACCAGAGGAUGCCAAAUCCAAAAUACCUCCAUUUGACAAGAAAAUCAUACCAGAGUAUGUCUUCUCCCUGGAUGCCACUGAUGAGUUCUUAAAGAAUCGUGUGCUGAACCUGCCAGAGAGUGUGGUUGCUGGGACUCAUUACACCCAGGAUCAGUUUUUGCGCCGCCUGGCAGCCUUCAGAGAAGCUAACGUUGAAGAUGAAACUGUGCUCAACUACUUUGAUGAGCUGGAAAUUCACCCUGAGCACAUCCAUAUUUCCAGCAGAGACGAUGCUGAAUACACAGCUGUGAUUGAACAGAUUGAAAAAGUUGUUGGGAAACCCAGAAACUACGGGCCCACCGUGGAGGAACUGGAAGAGCUGGAGCGCAGGAAUGCUGACGAGAGGCUGAGGCGGGAGGCAGCCGAGCAGGCAGAGAGGGAGAGGAGGGAGGCAGGGGAGGCUGCAGACAGAAUGGCACGCUGGGAAGAGUGGAACAGGCGUCUGGAGGAGGUGAAGCAGCAGGAGCAGGAGCAGCUGGAGGCGCAGGCGGUGCCCCUGAGGAAUUACCUGAUGAGGAACGUCAUGCCCACUCUCACACAGGGGCUGCUCCAGUGCUGCAGGGUGAAGCCCGACGACCCUGUGGACUUCCUGGCAGAAUAUCUGUUCAAGAACAACCCUCAAAUUGAUUGAACAACUGAGCUGUUUUUAAGCUGAAGAACCACCUCUUUAAGACAACUGAAUUUUGUCUUACUGGAUCAAACAUCAGUGACACACGGUGCCUUAAAAUGUGUUCUGUUCUAUUUGUGAGAAUUUCAUUCACUACAAUAUAAUUGUAUUAACUAUG